UAUAACCCACUCUAGAAACCUCUAUUCCUCAAAUACGUGUGAAACCAAUAAAACCCUGAACCUCAGUUUAUCCCCAAUAAUCAAUGGCAGCUGCAGCACCGCCACCACCACCAACUCCCGCUCCUGAACCAGCCAUGGGUCCGCCGGAAGAUUCUCCAGUGGGUCACCCAAUGUUCGCUCGAAUCCGGUUGGCCACCCCGUCGGAUGUUCCCCACAUCCACAAGAUGAUCCAUCAGAUGGCCGUGUUUGAGCGUCUUACCCAUCUCUGUUCUGCUACCGAGAAUUCUCUCUCCUCUACACUCUUCUCUCCCACCACCAAACCCUUCCACUCAUUCACGAUAUUUCUGCUGGAAGUCUCCCCCAAUCCCUUCACCGACUCCGUCAUAACUGAUCCUUCCUUCACGCCUGUUGUUAAGGUCGUACACUUGGACCUCCCAAUUGACGACCCCGAAAAGGAGACUUUCACAACAAACGCUGUCAAUGACGUUUCGGUCGCCGGAUUUGUUCUAUUCUUCCCCAACUAUUCUACUUUCUUGGCAAAACCUGGGUUUUAUAUUGAGGACCUAUUCGUCAGGGAUUGUUUUAGGAGGAAAGGGUUUGGAAAAAUGUUGCUUUCAACCGUCGCAAAACAGGCGGUAAAGAUGGGCUAUGGGAGGGUGGAAUGGGUUGUGCUAGAUUGGAAUGUUAAUGCCAUCAAAUUUUAUGAGGAAAUGGGUGCCAAGAUCUUGCACGAGUGGAGGGUUUGCAGGUUAACUGGUGAUGCCCUUGAGGCUUAUGGUAUUGCUGAUUAAUAAUAUUUGUAUUUCUUCGACACUUUUCUUUCUCUUUUCGCAAUUUCUUAUGACUUAUGUUUGCUUGAUUCUGAACCUAGUAAGAAGUCUAAUGCUGUUUCAAGUGUUUUUUAUAUGUGCAAUGGUACUUCUCACUUUAUCCA